GACUUAAAUUUUUAAUUGUAUUCUAUCAUUAAAUCUGAUAAAAUUCUAUAACAAUUUGUUUCAAACAAAUUGAUAAUUUGCAGUCUGGGUUGCCUCCGCCGACCUCUGAUUUAAUCUUAGAAAUUAUUAUAAACUGUUGACAUUUAGUUAACUAAUAUUACCGUAUCUGAUCCCACUAUACAGUGGAAUAAGACAACUCGUUAGUAUCUUUACUAAAAAAUUUUUUUUAAUAAAGUUACAUAUAAAUAAGGCUAGGUGUAUAGGCGAAAACCCCACCUCUGUGCUUUAUACGAUCAUAAUUAAUUCAGCGUCAGUCUGAUGGUCAAAUGCAGCAGGUCUGCAAAUUACAAACUGCAGCAAAUUAAGAUAAUGUAUUUAUAGUAUGGAAAAAUUCCGGCCAAUUGAUGUGAUUACAGCUGUAUCAAAGCAGGGUUACAGACAGAUGAGCCAAGCACUGAAAUGAGAUUAGGUUUUUCAGUAGAUUAUUAUUAGUAGUAUUUUCUCAUUUUAAGUAGGGUGUCCUUAAACCCCAAACGUUUUAAAGCUUUUAAUCGGCUCUAACAGCUUUAACAAUCGUAAGUAAAGCAGAACUUCAACCAGGUUCAACCUGGUUUCGUUUUCGCAAAAUUAAUCCACUAUAGGCUAAUCUGAGCCCCUAGAACUGCUUUUAAUCAAACAGGACUCGUGACAUUUUGAAAACGACUCUUGAACAGCUUUAAUACCCCCAAACAAGGUUUAUUUGUAUCAUCGACCUCAAAUAAAGCAACACACUUGUAUAAGCUUCAUGACAUAACGUCCCAGGGAUGUUGUGUUCCCGUGUUGUUGAACAGAAUAUCCACAGUAUUUCAUUGUGUACUGGAUAUUGUGUCUUUCUCCCUGUGUUUUAUUCAGACAAUGUGACUUUCAGACCCUGAGUGUUCUUUAUUCGAUUCUCAAAUAACCAUACACACUUGCUUUCUGACUCUUGUAUCUUGAUCUUCAUAUUUCUAAUUUUUUUUAAUGUAUUUAUUUAUUUAAUCGUACAUGUAUACAUACAUAGGACUUUUGUACACUUACGGAUGACCCAGUAUAAUCUUUUUAAAUUGAUAUCAGGCUGAGGUAGUUGUCUUGUUGCCUGGUCUUUGUCCUGGUAUAUUGGAUCAGAAUAAUUUAAAAAAUAUUCGGCUUAAUAAUAAUAUAGUUAAUAAAUGAAUUUGGUUUCCCAAAUAUGACAUAUUAUUAUUAUUGUUGUUGUUGUUGUUGUUGUUUUGUGGUAUUGAAAGUCUUUAGAAUAAAAUAAUGCAGUUUGGCACGAUUGAUCAUCACCGAGUAUUUCGUUAAGAAUAUAAACUACUUAAACCAAAAUACAUUUCGACAAACAGAUAAAACGCAUAGUGAGAGCGGGAGACUUGGUGAAAUUGUGAGCAUCUUGCUCGCAGGUGAUUGGCUGCCGACUUCGGGCCCUUGUAGGGAUGGACCUUUUGGAUAAAAGGCGAAUUUCUGGGGGGGAUCGAGUGUAUUUGCACUGGUGGAUUCCUGUGCACAAGGGAAGUGGGGGACUAUCCUCAAAGGCACCAUGACGGGGAAGGAAGGGGCUGUGUUAUCGGAGAGUUUGAAUAAACCGAAAUUAGUUGAAAACGGAGGGAAUAGCAACCCGCACAAGAGCAUUACAUCACACGCACCCAGGUGCACGGGCUUCGGCAUCCAGGAAAUUUUGGGGUUGAAUAAGGAGGCAUCGUCGGCGCCUCGGAGCGCGCUGGACUCCAUUCCCGGGGGUGCGCACUUGCUGGCCGCGCGCUCCGUGCUCGGCCCCGCCGCCGUCGGGGUUGGUAUGGGAUUCAUCGGCCCUGGGGGUAUUCCGUCCUUCUACAGGCAGCCUUCGUUUCUGGAGGUCCUGUCAGACGCACAGAACGUCCAUCUCCAACCUCUCAACAAGACAGCACCUCAGGAGGCCGGACAUUCUGCCAGCUCAGACUCAGAGGAUGUUUCUUCGAGUGAACGAAAAACAUCCAAGUCUUCCCUGGGCCAGAGCAAGAAGCGAAAGAAGAGACGACAUAGGACAAUAUUCACAUCUUAUCAACUGGAGGAAUUGGAGAAAGCUUUUAAUGAAGCUCACUAUCCCGAUGUGUACGCAAGAGAGAUGCUGGCUAUGAAGACUGAACUACCAGAGGACAGAAUACAGGUCUGGUUCCAGAAUCGUCGAGCCAAAUGGAGAAAGAGGGAGAAGUGUUGGGGCCGCAGCAGUGUGAUGGCUGAAUAUGGGCUGUAUGGGGCCAUGGUGCGUCACUCCAUUCCUCUUCCAGAGUCUAUACUGAAGUCUGCAAAGGACGGGAUUAUGGAUUCCUGUGCCCCCUGGCUACUAGGCACUUCUCUAAAUCCGAAUCCCUCAUCGUUCUUUGCAGGGAUGCACAAAAAAUCACUGGAGGCAGCAUCAGGCACACCAACCCGGAAGCCAGACAUACCUCAGCAUCCAAACAAUGCCAUCGUUGAUGAUACUGAUGCUGAGGAGAUGAGGAGCGACUCACCCAUGUCUAAAGAGGAACUGAGGGAGAACAGCAUUGCUGCUCUCAGGGCCAAAGCACAGGAGCACAGUGCCAAAGUGCUGGGGACAGUGUCUAGCAAAAGACUCGAGCAUAAAACACAGGGAGAAAUGGAUGAGAAGUCCAGUGUGGAACACUCAGACUCCCAAGAAGAGAAAGAGAGCUCGUAGAUAUGCACUUACAACCGUUGGUCAAACAGCAUUGUGUCUUUCUGUAGCUUUCCUUUAAACAAAUCCUGAUUAUCUCUUCCUCAGAAACCACAGACAAAGAGUGGAUCUCCUCUUGCCUAGCUAGUGCUAUUUUCCUAUUCUUACUUAGCGCUUCAGCUGAUAAGUUCAUACUUUGGUCGGAAAAUACAGAAAGCAUGAUGUGCUAAUGUUUAUUUUUGAUUUUAUAAUACAUACUUACCACUAAGUGUCAUUUGGUUCUAUAUACAGUGUAUGCUAGUACAAGAAACAACUGUAGCUGCAAUCUGGUCAUGUUUGGUGAUAUUAAUGUUAGCUUCCCAAGUUCUUCAAAACUAAUGAAUAAUGUUAUUUUUUAUUUCUACGUUGAAAAGAACCAUUUUAAACAUUUCUCUGCACACCAUUCCUCGUUUAUAAAAGCACUUAGUGGUUGGUUCAUAAGUUGUAUUAGAAUGUAACGUUGUACAUAUUGUAAAUAAAGAUAGCUUGCUACAGUAUUGUUUGAAGUACACUUUAAUGUACUGUAGUCUUAUAUUAUGUGGGGUUAUGUUCUGAGUAAAAUGUUGAUCAGAUUAUUUAAAAAAAAAACAAAAAAAAACAUCUGAAAUAAUGACAUGCCUUUUGUAUGGGAACAAUGAUAAAAGAAAAAAGUCUCUUAAAAAAAGUUUUUAAAGAUCGAGAUGUAUUUUUUGAAACCCUAAAACAUGAUCUAAAAUUUCCAUUUCAAAUCAAAGAUGGGACUGCUUCCACCUGAGCUUCACGUAGGUUAUCAUCUAUUAAAUAUAUGAACAGUAUGCUGAUCAUGACAAACAUAGCAUGCAAAAAAAAACAAAAAAAAAAACACUAAUAACUCUUUAACCCUGAGCAGCAUUUUCAAUAUUUAUGUUCUUGGAUUUUAAUUUUAAUGCAGCUGUAAUGAUAAAUAACAAAACAAAGGUAAUAUAACACUGCUUUAUAGGAGUUAUGUUCUACUUGGCAUUUUCACUGCCACAUCCUAUUAAGCCUGAUGUGCCCUUUUCCUCUAUAUAUUGGCUGAGUAGCUGUGUGUGUCAGUGACUACAAUCUGAAACAUUCCCAAGGUCUCAAUCUAGCUAGAUUAAAAAGCAGGAAAAUAUGGGCGAGGAGCAUGAACACAGCUCUGGAUAUGGUGCUCUCGGUCAAAAUCACAACCAUCAGUGCUCAUGCUCAUGCUAAAUCUUAUGAUCAUUAUUUAUAUCAUACUUUAUGUGUUUUAACCUUGUAAAUAUGUAAUUAUUGUUUAUUCCUCA